AUGGUUGGAAUUCUUAACCUUCGCUUUUUCUCAAGUGCCUUGAUAUACUCAGUUUUCCUCCAUAUCUGGACUGUUUUUGCACAAAAUGCGACCAAUAAUGGCACGGCGCCUACCAUACGUUGGUCCGCUUGCCCCCCUGGCAUUCCUCCAGGCGUGGACUGUGGCUCUAUUCCAGUUCCCUUGUCAUAUAAGUCGGGUAACUCAACCGCUGCUGAUGGAAAUCAAACCGUCUCACUGUUUCUGACACGGCUCAAUUCCACUGGAAAUGGCACGCAAAACCCCUUGUUCUUCAACCCAGGCGGGCCCGGUGUGGGUGCUAGCACCCUCGUUGCGGCAGGACAAUUUGUGCCCAACUUCGGAGUAUCGGAUGCUGUGAGGAGAGUAUACACCAUCAUUGGUCUCGACCCGCGUGGUGUGGGCUAUAGCACGCCCAUAAAGUGCGACCCAAACAUAUACAACCAACGAAUACGCACUUUCGUGAGUGAUAACGCCAGCUAUCAAGCUUUAGUUAGCUACAACCGCCAAUUCGGGCAGAGUUGCGCGAAUCUCACGGGGCCUCUUCUCAAUAACCUGGACACGGUUCAUGUUGCGAAAGAUCACGAGCUGGUUCGACGCGCGCUAAACGCCACCAAGUUCAACCUCCUUGGUCUGUCCUAUGGUACAUUGUUGGGCCAGCAGUAUCUCUCUUUAUUCCCCAACACUGUCGGUCGAAUGGCAUUGGAUGGGCCGGUCGAUCAUUCACAAUCUGAACCUUCUGCCUUGCUGACGGAGUCUUCAACUUAUGAGGCUACGCUUAACCAGUUCUUUCAGUGGUGUGACACCAACAACACUUGUGCUCUGAACGGUAACAACACUAGACAGGUUUUCACCGACCUUCUACUCAAGGCUGAUGCCUCCCCAAUCCCCGCCCCAAGUUGCAACCGGACAUGCCAGCCAAACGUAACAGGCGAGGAUAUCAGAUACAAUGCCCAGAGCUUUCUACAAUUUGUAGAUUUAUCAUACGCCUCCAACUGGACCGGCCUUGGAGCCGCGUUGCUAGAAGCAUCCAAUGGCAACGCUACCGCUCUUUCAACUCCUCUAGCAUUGACACAAAAUGCUACGUCAAUCGAGGGCUCGCCAUUCUCAUAUCUUGCUAUCGGCUGCCAGGACUGGCUCCACCAGGCGAGAUCAGCGACAGAUCUAGAACUCAGAUUACAGGCAGUUCAACCAUUUGCUCCCCUGACUGCCGGAGCCUCUCAGACAUAUUACUAUCAAAGCAGAUGCUUAGGGUGGCCAGCUCCCCUCACUAAUGGGCAAGUGUUCCUGAAUACGACAAUCACCCAGCGAGCGCCGCCGGUUUUGAUAGCGCACUCCGUGUAUGAUCCCUCAUGUAGUAGCGUGUGGGCAGAUGGUGUCAGACAGCAGCUUCCCAAUGCUGUGAGCAUUACCAGGAACGGGUCUGGGCACUUGAGUCAUUUUCUAUUGGGGGAUACAAGGGCCGUGUUAGAUACCUUUUUGGCUAAUGGGACGCUUCCUCUGGAUGGUAGCAUCUAUCAGUCAUAG